AUGGAUGUCGCAGUUAUUAUGGGACUCCCCGUCGAUGGUGGCGCAGUGACUGGAGGGGGAUCCUAUCAGUGGGCAGAGUUUUGCGGGUUACUUCUCGGGGUGGUUCCGGAGGAUAUUAGGGGUGGUGAGAUCAAGAUAGAUUGGUUAUAUCAGCAGUUCCAUGAUAUCCCCUUAGACGCACCUCCGGCUAUUGUUAGAGCUACGGCGAGAGCAUAUAUACUAUUUCAGAUAGGAUGUAGUUUGUUUCCAAAUCCAAGUGGGAACAGGGUGCAUUUGAAAUGGUUGCCACAUUUAGAGGAUUUUGACCUUUGUGGUGCAUUAGCAUGGGGUGCAGCCGCGCUAGCACAUCUUUAUCGCGCUCUAGAAAAUGCUUGCAUCAGGGGAAAGGUCGAGUGUUGUUGUUUUGGGACAUUAGUUCAGAUAUGGGCAUGGGACCACCUGCAUAUUAGCCGCCCUGAGGUAGUAGGCCCGCAGCCUGAGCUUGUCGACAUGCCAUUAGGGUGUCGGUGGAAUACUAGAUUAGCAUUUCGGGACAAUGUCAGGACUACUGACAUUGAGUUUUAUCGUGAUCAGCUGGAUCAGCAGUCUGCGUUGAUUCAUGCCUGCAAAGAUCAAUUAUACGAUCAGACGUGUCUACCCGGUAUUUCAGUGAGGUGGACUCUUAGUACCCCUAUACAGGUCGCCGAUCAGAUGGAGGCAGCGUCGACGGGCGAUUUCGAGGUUAUCGUAAGGAUCAAUCCCUCCUCUUCAGCUCCUCCACGGCCAGACAUACUACCGGCACAUGCUACUGCUGUGAUUGAGCCGGUUAUUGAGAGUGCUGCUAUAGAGCAUCUAGACCAGUUGGAGAUCUUGGAGCCUUUUGAUGAGUAUGAUGUUGGUCGUGGUCACGGACGUGGUAGGCGACGUGGUCGAGGAGGUCGAGGGAGGAGAACAUGA